AUGAAACCCAUUAUAGUUAAACUAUUGGACAAGCAUAAAAGAGAUUUGAUCCUAGCUGCUACCAAAAGAUUUAGGCGAGAAAGCAAUACUUCUGGCAUUGCUAUUGAAAAAAUAUCUAAGAAUCUUUUCAUAAAUGAGCAUCUAACCAUCAAGUUGAAUUUGCUGCUCAAGAAUACCAAAAAAGUUGCCAAAAGUGCUUGUAUCACAAAAACAGCAGACAUUAUCAAUCUAAUAAACAGUAUACCAGGACUCUUCUGGAAAUGCUCAGACUGUACAAACAGUUACAUUCUGUUAGAUUCAGCCGGCAUUCAGAAAAUAGUGAAAACCAAACUGAAUGUUGCCCUUGAUUCCAUGAAGAAGGAUGUAGAUGCUGCGAUAAUAAAAAUCAAUGAAAGUGAAACUUCUAACUGUCGUAUGAAGUAUUCAGAUGUGGUGAAAGACAAAUCACAACCAGUUAUUUUGAUUCAUCACAAUAACAGUAAUCAGUCUUCUUCUAGUACUAAGGCAGAAAUUUUGCGUAAUGUUGAUCCUGUUCAAGAAAACUUGCAGCUAACGAAAGUCAAACAUGUCAAAGAUGGUGGGAUUCUGAUCUCGUGCGGGAGUAGAGCCGAUAAUGAAAAGUUGAAAGUCAGACUGAAAGAAAAAAUGUCAGCAGAAUACAAAGUUAAAGAAGUUGGCGGAGUUCUUCAAGAAAUUCGAUUGGUUGGCAUGACUCAGAAAUUUUCAGCGGAUGAUCUCAAAACCUAUCUGAUUAAAUGUAAUUCUAACGUUUUCUCUCAUCAAUCAAAUUGUAACAUUUUGAAAAUAUUCCCCACGAAAAAGAAUGAUAAUAUCUUCCAAGCCAUCAUACAGGUAGAUAAUUCGGUGUAUGAUCAUGCUCUGGCGGCAGGUAAUUUAUUUGUGGGUUACGACAGUUGUAGCGUAUAUGAUGCACUGGACGUACAUAGAUGUUUCAAAUGCAACGAAUUCAAUCAUUAUUUUCAAAGAUGUUCAAAAGCUAUCUCUUGUCCAAUCUGUGGUCAAGAUCACGAUCUUGAAAAUUGCGAAUCUAACAGCAAAAACUGCUCCAUCCAAUUGAAUUAA